UCGUGCGAACAACGCGAUUCUCGAAUGUAAUGGAUAAUCAGAGACUAUGCAAAUUAAAGUUCAGAAAACGGAAGGCGGCUCCGAACGUAACGUUUUGCAUGAAAACAGAAAGAAAUGCGUCAAAUAAAAAAAUAUUAGAAAUAAUCCAAAAGCCAUUAUCUGAGAGGACAAUUGAUGACAAAGAAAUUCUUAAUACAUGUAAGGAUACAGUACAAAAGAUAUCUCAGAGGUUAGAUAGGCAAAAGAAAUUAAAAGAGCGAUGUCAAGAGUUUGAAGAUCCAAUUGAAGUAUUAGAUACAAAAUGUGAAGAACUUGCAAAGGCUAUUUCGUCUGCAUCCAAUUUAGUAGUCUAUACUGGUGCUGGAAUAAGCACGGCAGCUAAAAUACCCGAUUACAGAGGCUCAAAUGGAAUAUGGACAUUAUUAGAUCAAGGAAAAGAUAUUGGAUGUCACGACUUAAGCCAAGCGGAGCCCACGUUAACACAUAUGGCAAUAUAUCGAUUAUACCGCGAAGGAUUACUCGGACAUGUCGUUUCUCAAAAUUGUGAUGGUUUGCAUUUAAGAAGUGGUCUACCAAGACCAGCAUUGUCAGAAGUUCAUGGUGAUAUGUUUAUUGAGGUAUGUAACAAUUGUAAGCCAAACAGACACUAUUUACGAAUGUUUGAUGUGACAGAACAUACAGCAAGAUUUAAUCACAAAACACUGAGGUUAUGUUAUGCUUGUCACAAACCAUUGAAAGAUACAAUUGUUCACUUUGGAGAACGUGGUAAACUUCAGUGGCCAAUUAAUUGGUCAACAGCUUGUAAACAUGCUGAAAAAACUGAUGUAAUUUUGUGUUUAGGAUCCAGCCUAAAGGUUCUGAAAAAGUAUCCAUGGCUUUGGUCAAUGGAUAGACCAGCUAAGAAAAGACCAAAGUUAUACAUUGUAAAUCUUCAAUGGACUCCCAAGGAUGACCAAGCUACAUUAAAAAUAAAUGGUAAAUGUGAUGAAAUUAUGAAAAAAGUAAUGUCAAUAUUAAAUUUGGAUAUUCCUAAGUAUCAACGUUGUCUUGAUCCUAUAUUUCACCAUGCCACAAUGUUAGUAGCAGCUGAAGAACAUACAACAGUACAUCCUGUUUUAGCGGUUCCGACUGAUGAUGUUCAAAAAACCGAUUCAAAUACAAUAACAAAAUGUGAAAAAAUAGAAUUAGAUAUUAAUAACGGUAACAAUAUUACCAAAAUGUGUUCAGGAUCAAAAGACCUAAUACAACCAGUUGAUCUCAGUUUAGUAAAAUUAGAAAAUAAUACAUCCACGGUUGAUCAAAGUGAGUCAAUUAAUUCUCCGUCGUGUUCAAAUAUGGAUUUGGUUCCAAGUUUAAGUAAUUUUUGGAGACCUUUUAUUGAAGGUGUGGAUCAAAAUUCAUUGGAAGGUCGCAAUAUGCUAUCAUUGGUUGAACCAAUAGUACCAUAUUUAAAUCCAUUUUUUAUCAAUAAUAUGGAAACAUUAGGAUUAUCUCCAACACCUGUUGAUCAGUUUUACAAGAACUUUGUAUAUCAAGCAUGUAUAGGAUUAGCUGCAGUUGAAAAAUUACAAAUAGAAAAAAAGCUGACAAACAAUUUAAAAAAAAAGAAAAGAGAUGUUAGCGAAGAUAAAGAUGAUAUUAAGAAGACAGAUGUUUCAAUAAAUCGGUAUUGUACAUUUUGUCAUCCAGUUUAUGGUUCAACUAAAUGCCUGUUUUAUCAUCGAUAUGAGUCAAAGUUCAAAGAAGACGUAGCCAUUUGUCUGUGUUGUGAUGAUGAUGAUACAGAUGAAGAAGACGAAAAUGAACUAAAAACUGAAGACAUGGCUGAUAAGAAUGAUGAAGUUAUAGAAAAGGCCAAAGUUACUGCUGGCUGGUUUGGAAAAGGUUACAAGAAAAGAAUUAAAAAAAAGAAAUAAGUAUAAUUAUUUAUUUUAAAAUUAGUUUUUCUCAUUAUUUCUUUACCUUCCAGUAUUUAAG